CUCUGAUCAGCUUGUUUACUGUUGCUCUUCAAGCCCGAUGCUGUCCUUGUCCAAGCUGCCGUCCGUACUCCCGUCGCUCCGUCAUGCGCGAAGCAUUUCGCAGCGUGUGCGGACUCUUCCUGACAACGUGUUUGCCGAGUUCUCUGCCCUAGCGGCGAAGCAUGAUGCUGUGAAUUUGGGUCAAGGCUUCCCGUCCUUCGGGACGCCUCAAUUCGUCCAACAAGCUGCCAUCAACGCUAUUACGGACGGUAACAAUCAGUACACGAGACCCGGAGGCCACCCAAGCUAUGUGGAGGCGCUGGCUGGGAUGUACUCGCCCCUAUUGAACCGAGAACUAGACCCCAUGACUGAGAUCGUGACGUUUAACGGCGCCCAGGAAGGAAUCGCGUCCAUCAUGGCGGCAGUACUCGAACCAGGGGACGAGGUGCUCACGUUUGAGCCCUAUUUCGAUGCCUACGUAACAGUCUCCCAACUGCACAGCGUUAAGUCUUCAGGUGUCCCGUUCCGCUUCGAUCCAGCCAAGCGUUCUGCCUUCGUAAGCGAAGCCUCGAAUGUGACCGAGCGGUUCACGUCGCGUGAUUUCCAGGCGGAUCUGGAGAAACUCGAGACCAAACUGACCCCCAAGACCAAAAUGCUGGUGCUCAACACACCUCACAACCCCAUGGGCAAAGUCUUCUCCAAGCAGGAGCUGGAACAACUCGCACGUGUCCUGGAACGUCACCCGAACGUCAUCGUCUUGUCUGAUGAAGUGUACGAGUUCAUGACGUACGAUGGACUGAAACACGAGCGGAUCGCGGCGCUUCCCGGCUUCUUCGACCGCACCAUUUCACUCUUCAGCGCUGGCAAAACCUUCUCAUGUACAGGCUGGCGCGCGGGCUACGCAGUGGGGCCGGCACAUCUGGUUGGAGGCAUCACUAAGGCUUACAGUACUGUGCCGUUCUGUGGCACGACGCCGUUUGAAGUGGCACUAGCGUCGGCUUUCCGUCAGGCUCAGCACAAUGGAUACUACGACGAGCUAAGGGAGACGCUGCAGACCAAGCGCAAUCGGCUGUGCGACGCGCUCCAGGCGUACAACUGGCGCCCGAUCGUCCCCGAGGGCGGCUACUUCGUGUGCUGCAACGUGGAAGGUCUGCCGUUCUACGACGAGUUCCGUGGCAUCGAGAUCACGCCGGAUACUCCCAAGACGGAAUUCCCGGACUACCAGUUCGCGUACAAACUGGCCAAAGGUGGUCAUCUUGCCGUGAUCCCGACGUCGCCUUUCUUCAGUCGUCCGGAGAACCGCCUUGCUCCGGGUGUGGUGCGCCUGGCCUUCUGCAAGGACGACAAGACGUUGGACGAUUCCAUCCGUGUCAUCGAGUCCCUCAGGAACUAG